UUAUAGGUAUAUUUCUCAGACAAUAUUUGUGUUUAAAUUAGAUAUGGCCUGAGAAGGAUUUUUUUAUGUUGCUAUCAGGGAUACUGACUUCUUUUCCUGGAAAAAUAUUAUAGUUCAAUUUUAGCAUUGUAAUGUUUCCUCAGCAAAUAACUAUACAUUUUUAAUUUUCUCUUCAUUAUAUAUUUUUUUUAACAGUGAUAAAUUAAAUGACUUAAGGAGACACAAAGAAAAAUUGGAAGAGAAAAUAAUGGAUCAAUACAGGUUUUAUGAUCCAACCCCAAAAAAGAAAAACCACUGGAUAGGAGCUAAAGCCUUGGUUAAAUUCAUGAAGGCAAAGAAAGAGCCAACGAGAGAACGAAUGAAAUCUUCAGCAGAUAGUUCUCCAUCUCAGUUAGAAAGCAUGGAGACAGCGGAGUCACAAACUCCAUCACAGCUACCCAAGCAACAGAAGAGUCUGGAAACUACUUCCAAAGAUUUCAGCUUCGUGGAAGACAAAGAGCAUAAAGCAGGACCCAUGGUCAAAGCAGCUCAACGUAAAAAGAUUGCCUUUUUGAGAACCACAAGCAAACCCAAGGAAAAGUCUCCAAAGUCACCAUCGAAUAAUUCAUCUCUCUCUAAUCGUCUCCGGUUCUGGUCGUCUUCCGACAUCUCAUCCUCUCCUAAUGAAUCAUUUUCUUGCUCAGAAACAAAAGAUUUCUAACCUCUUAUCAUUUAUUCCGAAUGCAUUU